AUGAAGGUUUCCUACUUCAACAUCCGCGGACUCGGUGAAAUGAUCCGACUAUUACUGACUGAUAAACAGAUUCCUUUUGAGGAUGAACAGUUCAACAAGGAUGAAUGGCAGAAAAUCAAGCCGAAAAUGGUAUUAUUUCGUGAAAAGAAGGUAUUUUUAAAACAAUUUUUUUAGCAAUUUGGCCAAGUUCCUUGCCUUUCCUUCGAGGACGAGCAAAUCGUUCAAACUGGAGCUAUCAUGCGUCAUUUGGGCCGUGUUCAUGGUUUUUAACAGUUUGGAACGAUUAAAAAAAAUUUUUUUUGAAGGCUUGAAUGGUCAAAACGAACAAGAAACAACCUUCAUCGACAUGUUCUUCGAGGGAAUUCGCGACUUGCAUUCGAAGUACACGACAAUGAUCUACCAAAAUUAUGUAAGUCUAGAAAAACACCGUAAUGUUAUUUCAACUCUUUUUGUUAUAGGAAAACGGAAAGGAGCCGUUCCUCAAGGACGUGCUCCCUGUUGAGCUUGAAAAGCUGGAGAAGCUGUUCAAGACCUACGGAAACGGUGACGCGUUUGUCGCAGGAGCCAAGGUUCACCAAAAACACAAGUGAACCAAAAAUGUAAACAUUUUCAAGGAAAGCUACGCUGACUAUGCUCUUUUCGAAGAAAUCGACGUUCUUCUCGUUCUGAGCCACUCGGCUUUUGAUCAUUUCCCAAAACUGAAGAAUUUCCAUGACAGAUUCUCCCAGAGACCUAACCUUAAGGUAAGACACCCGAAAAAAAAAUAGUCUACUUGAUCCACUUUUUCAGGCUUACCUGUCCAAGCGCGCCGCUAGCAACCUGCCAAUCAACAACAACGGCAAACAAUAA